UAGGUAUCCACUACAAUGGGAUAUUGUCUACAACGGCCAACUCUGCAACAGGGGACAGCGAUAAGACUUUCUUAAAGAAGAAUCAAUCUCCUCUUGACAUAAGAUUGCUGCCUUUGGUGCUAUUUGCUUUGGUAAAAGUAUCACUACAGUCUGCUUUGGUAUCUUUAUCCUUCUCUCUUACUUGCUAUAAUAAAUGUUAUUCUGCCCUGACGUGGUAGUACUAAAGCAAAACCACGAAUCAUCUCCUUUCCGUUUCCGCAAAACCACGAAUCGUUCUGUGUAGCAUCUUGACAUCAAAUUCCUAUUGUUUCCAAAGUCAGCCGGGUUGAAGUAUUGCGUUCAUCAUUCUGUGAUUGUAACAUACAACAUCUAUCUUGUUGUCGUCUGAUUCCUGUUGCUAGAAUCUUCUAGAAGAUAACAUCAAAGAGGUGACGAAGAAUAAUUCAUAACGAUUUCAUCUUUGUUUCUACCUGUUAAUAUUUCAGUUUUAUUACUCAAGAAAAGUUAAAAGAUGUUUGGUGGUGGCUUCGAUCAGCAGGGCUUCGGCGGGUUCAAUGGUGGUUUUGACCAAUCCGGUGGCUUCAUGGAGCAAGACAAGGGCUUUGGGAACAAAGGCGGCUUCGGAGGCGGAUUCGGUGGAGGCAAAGGAAAAGGCGGAUUCGGUGGAAAAGGCGGAAAAGGAAAGUUAUGAAACUCCGAACGUGUAUAGAUUUCUUUUGCCUAGAAGACGUUCGUUUUGGCAACGAGACGAGUGACUUUACUCAAGUCACAGCCUCGCUGGCCUUGUUCACUUUAGUAGUACUCAAGUCGUCCAUCAGCCUUGGAGUCGAGUCAUGUACACGGGGGCACUCGAUCGGAAGGAUCCCGAAACUCACCUGGUCUAGUAGAAGUCCUGUAAAUUAUACAGGAGCCCUACUAACCUCACCUUACUCUUUUGCACCUCCUCUUCUAAUAAUCGGCGGCGGCAAGGGUGGCAAAGGCGGCAAGAGCGGCAAGAAGGACCAUGCCCAGAUGAAAGAGAACAAAAAUCAGCGCGAGGUCGAAUACUUCCAGCAGCUGCAGCAUCAGAGUGCGGGCGCCCCUCCGACGAUUGAUUACUUGGACGAGAACGAAGUUUUCGUUAAGGCUUGCCGUAAUAUUAGUCUAAUUUGCCGAUGCUAACAUCAAAUCUUCGGGUUUGGCAUGUAGUUUUCAAUGGGAAAACACGCCAAAGUUCAUGAGACUUUCCAGACGAGUAAAGUAAAAAUAGGUAUCAUGCAAGAAGGUCUAAGUUUGCCGGCGUCACGGGAGAAACAGGUGUAGACUUCAGCAAUUAUGACAACCUGGAAGUCGACAUCCAGGGAGUAGGCAGAGAACAGGUCGAAGCCAUGGCCGCCGGCGCAGUUUCCUUCAACGAUAUGGCAAGAAUCCAUCAAUUUCCGGACUUUCUGUCGAUCAACCUCAGCCAACGAUGCAAGUACUAUCGAUUCACCUCCACAUUCUACUUGGCAAUUCUAUUAUUUACAAUAAUAAUUUUUUCUUAGCUUGUCUUUGAUAGACUUGCCGAACAACAAGUUCUGCUGCGCAAGAUUAAUAUUUUUAACAUAAUAUUUUCGUAUCACGAUCACCGACUACUUACACGCACACUUUCUUGCGUCCACCACAGGAGACAUCAAAUGAAUACUCUGACUUGUAUUUCAGGUACCGUGCGCCGACGCCGGUGCAGAAGUGGAUGAUUCCAGUCGGUAUGAUGGAACGCGACGCAAUGGCGUGUGCCCAAACCGGUAGCGGAAAAACGUGCGCGUUUUUGAUCCCGAUCGUUGCCAUGUUCGGAAACGAAAACCUUCGGUGCUUUGCCCUGGGUAAGAGCUGGGAAGGACCUGCUGCUCCCAGAGCUUUGAUUCUGGCGCCGACUCGCGAAUUGUGCUCUCAGACCUUCAACGAGGCACGCAAACUGUGCUUUGGGCAGAGCAUCCGCGUCAAUCAGUGCUACGGAGGCGUGGAUGCGAAACCGCAGAUCCGCGACUUUGCAAGAGGAUGCGAUAUUUAAGGCUUGUUUCCUUUUUUUGAGAAGGACGAUCAGCUUUGUUUCGUGCAUUACUAGGUAGUACCUCUGUCUCAACUUCAACAUACUUAAUUUCAAUGUACAACUUCGUACUCGUCAACAUAUUAAAUUUCAAUGUACUUCGUGCCACUACUAGAAAUACGCACCACCUCCAUUAGAAAUAUGUAUCAAUCUCAACAAGUAGAAUCACUACCACGAUGGACGAAGAUGAUCUCAUAUUCUCUUCUAACCCGGUUGCAUCGCGACUCCAGGUCGGCUCAACGACUUCGUGGACCGUGGCAUUAUCCAGAUGACCCAGUGCAUGAAGCUGGUGCUGGAUGAGGCUGAUCGCAUGCUCGAUAUGGGUUUUGAGCCGCAGAUCAAAGAAAUUGUGCAUGGUCGAGGCAUGCCUCCGAAAGAGAUGAGGUACUACUUGACCUUAAAUUUUCGCUCAUUCUUGCCUCCGAAGGAAAUGAGGUACGACUGUAUUGUAGACUGCUAAGUAAAUACAUAGUACAUAUAAGUCUCAGUACACACAUCUUGUAAUACUUAUGGCGCCUAAGAAGAUGAGCUACAACUACCUAUAAUCUCCUCAUUUGAGGAUCAGUGGACGGAUCACUCGUAUCUAUGAUAACUAGACGGCUCACCUUCUCUUGUUGUUGUUUUUAGACGUUCACUAUAAUCUUCCUUAAUAUGACAUGAUCUCCACAAGAACAUCAUCUCCUCAACAAAAAGAAACCACACUUUCAAAAAGAAAUGACACUUUCAAAAAGAAACCACACUUUCCUCUUCCUUCACGACAGACAAACGCUUCUUUUUUCGGCUACGUUCGAAUCUCAAAUUCGUAUCUUGGGGGCUCGAUACAUGAAACCAGACAAGAUCGACGUGACGAUCGGACGUGUGGGCGCAGCGGCAGAGACGGUUGAGCAGCACUUUAUCCUAAGACUUAAAGUAAACAUAAUCCACUAUGAUCUCUACUUGAUUAAGUAGUUCUUGUGCGUUUAAAGUAAUACUUGAUCACUAAGUACAGUUCUUGUGCGUUUUUCACGUACACUGUACCUGUAGAAGUUAAAGUAACCAUAAUUGUUCAUAUGAUCUCUACUUGAUUAAGUAGUUGUGCGUUUUUCACGUACACUGUACCUGUAGAAGUUAAAGUAACCAUAAUUGUUCAUAUGAUCUCUACUUGAUUAAGGAGUUGUGCGUUCUUCACGUACAUUGUACCUGUAGAAGUUAAAGUAACCAUAAUUGUUCACUAUGAUCUCUACCUGAUUAAGUAAGCAGUUGUGCGUUUUUCACGUACACUGUAGUAAGUAGUUUUUAUUACGGGAUGAGCUAGCAUGUCGCGAAAGUGGAUCAAUGACAACUCUGAGGCUAAAUGGCUCUAAGGAUCGCUGUCGAAAGCGAAGAGAAGAAGCAAGAGGAGAUGUACAACGAGAUCGCUCGCUGCGAAAACGGAACCGACAAAGUGCUCGUCUUCGUAAACACAAAGAAGAAAGCGGCCAGCAUCGUCCACACUCUCCACGAAUCAGGCGAAUGUCGUGCGACAGCCAUUCAUGGUAGAAUUUAAAUGAGACUCCUAUACAGAAGAACGCAUCAGGUGGAAUGCGAUUCGUGACCUACCCAAUAUAGGCGGCAUUAUCCACCCACUUACAAACUCCGAUAACAACUACAUCAAACUAUUCGAAAACUGAAAAUAUGCGAGUAGCUAACGGAAAUAAAAGAGUCACGACGCCGUUGUAGCAUAGCUCGGCCAUUCUAAGUAGUUACUCGCUUACUUGUACUUCAGUUUAUCGAUUAUAACCAUUUCCUUUCUACUUCUUUUUAGUAGAAACUAUCAUAACUACUUUAAUUCCCACUCCCUCUCUACUAGGUGACUUGAACCAGAACGAGCGAGAGGAUGCGUUGGCCAACUUCAAGUCUGGAAGAAAGCCAGUCCUGGUCGCAACGGAGGUCGCGGCUAGAGGUCUCGAUAUUCCGAAAGUCGCCAAGGUCAUCAACUACGACAUGCCAAAACAGAUUGAUGGAUACGUACAACUCUUGCUUGAAAUUUGAUGUUACUGACUUUCUAGGAUUUUCAUGCUACAGCCACUGUUGACCUUAUGAUCGUCCCCUUCAAGUGCCGUUAUGUAAGUAUUUGUACCUCCAUCGAGAAUGAUAUUCUUGUGAAAACCCUUAGUACAGAUGAAGAUACUAGACCCAGCCUAUUCUUGCUACACUGGAAUACUACGGUCGUUCUAGAUAUUGACUCAUCCCCUUUCAUGUUAGGGUGUAGUUGCCAGGUUCUUCUUGCCAGAAGCAAAUACAAUUAGUGUAAUGCAGAGAACAAUGAGUUUUUUUAGCUCUGCUGCAAAGGAAUAAUUCCCCCAAGAACUACACAAAGUAUCAUCUAGUACAGGUGGCUCUUCUUCAUCCAACUGUACAAAUAAAUGAACAGAUUCAUCGUAUCGGUCGUACUGGUCGCGUCGGAAACCGAGGCAUUGCUGUGAGCUUUUUCGCGACACACGGAUCUGAAGAACCGGAUUGCAACAUCGCUGCUGACUUGCUGCAGACCCUCACUGACCAAGGCCUCAACCCAGACCUGGAAGCUCCGUGGUUGCGCGAACAGAUCAGCUAUGCGCGUGACGCCGAUAAGGGCAACCGACGUGGUGGAGGCGGUGGCAAGAAGGGUGGCGGCGGCUUCGGCGGCAAAGGAAAGUUUGGCGGAUCAAACUUCGGAGGAAAGGGAGACACAUUCAGUACUACUACAAGGAGUUUGACUUCUACUUCUAGUGUUCAAAAACAUCUGGCGUUACCAAAGUAGUAAAAAGGUGAAGUAUUUAAUUUACUCACAACUGAGUGAUGUACGUUGGUUUCAUCUAAGUAAAACAACUGAGUGUAUGUUGGUUUCUAUGUUCAAAGUCCGCAUUCGCGUUCCCAACUCUUAAUCUAAAAAUACAGAACCGGCUCCGUUUCCGGGAGGCAAGGGCGGAAUCAAGGAGAACAUGGCGCCAUUCCCGAGCAACGGCAACUUCGCCCCGGGCGGUUGGUCUUGA